GGUUACUGAUCAGGAUGUAAGGGUAGGCAGUUAGAAGUAUACAGAGAUUAAAGGGUCUAGCUCUUUACAGUUUAGGAAAUAGAAUUUAAGUUUUCCUAUAGAGCAGGCGAACAAAGCUUUCCUUUACUUCUGUACCCUCAGUUCAAGGUCAGCUUCUUUCAGCACCCAGGUCCACUGGUCCCAGAAGAGCAGGAGCUUGUCCAAAUGAAUUUUGUAGAUACCUGGCACGUUGAGUGAACCGUGGUAGCCUCCCACUAAUGUUUGUUGACUGAGUAAAUGAGUGUAGACUCUUCAGUCUGGCCCAUCUCGAUUUCAGGGAGCUAGUACCCUGGGCCAGCCUCCCCUUUGCAUGCAAAACAAAGCGGAAGUUCCGGGGCCAGUAGCGACCAGAGCCACUGCAUUGACAACACAAGAUUCUUAACCCAAUGAGCCACACGGGAACUCCCCCCCUUCUUUUAUCUCUAACGACUUGUUUCCAAUUCUGCCAACUCGGAUUUCGACUCAGUCGCCUCCCCUCUCCGGCCUUCCCGUGUAACGCGCUGCCACCCGGCUUCCCGGUCAAGGCGCCCGGCUUCAAACCAGUCUUUCAUCCAUUCAUUGUCCAGUUUCCGGUGAGUCAAGUUCAACCCCAGGUUCAACCCUUACAGUGUUGGCCACAAACAUUCCUCUACAGGCACCUGGGAGGAGACGCCCGCCCACCUCCCGCCGCCAGGCCUACGAAACCAGCAGAGAGGGGCGUUUCUAUCCCCGCGGCUUUCUGGGGUGGGGGUGUGAGCAGGGAGACCCCUCCCCAGUGGCCGGCACGCUCAGCGAGAGAGCGCCCGGCCCUCAGCGGGCGUGGCCGCCCUGGCCCAGCCCCCGCCCCGCCCCGCCCCCCCCCGCGCCGAGACAGCCCCCGCCUGGCCGCCCGGCCGCCAGCCCCUUCUCCACGUCCGCCGCCACUCCCUCGCCGCGGAGCCGGGCCGAGGGGGAUGCUCCGGGUCCCACCUCCUCGGGGAGCUGCGCAUUUCCGCGCGCCAGGGUGGCCCCGGCUCCGGCCGGCCCUCGCGGCGGCCGCCCGCGUUCCGCGUCCCCGGGAAGUUGUCUCCGGAGCCCGCGGCGCCUGGGUCUCCUCCCCCUGAGCCCCGCCCCCCCGCCCCGAGCUGGGAGCUGCGAGCCGCGAGCCGCGAGCCGCCCGGCCCGGGGGCGUCGCCGCUCGCUCUCUGAAGCCAGCGAGUCUCCGCUUCCCUGCGCGGGGCUCGCGUCCCCCGCCUGGCCGGGGACCCCUGAGCACCCCCGAGACGGCGCGCGCCCAGAGCGCGGGAGCCCGGAGCGCCGGGCGCCUGGGACCCCGCGGGGCCGCUGCCCAGCCCGCAGGGCUCGUCAGGGAUGCAGGCUGCGCUGUGAGCCCGGGCGCUAAGGCCAUGUCCGGCGCCCGCUGCCGGACCCUGUACCCCUUCUCCGGGGAGCGGCACGGCCAGGGGCUGCGCUUCGCCGCGGGCGAGCUCAUCACGCUGCUGCAGGUCCCGGACGGCGGCUGGUGGGAAGGCGAGAAGGAGGACGGGCUCCGUGGCUGGUUCCCGGCGAGCUACGUGCAGUUGCUGGAGAAGCCUGGUAUGGUCCCCCCUCCGCCUGGAGAGGAAAGCCAGACUGUCGUCCUUCCACCUGGCUGGCAAAGCUACUUAUCCCCUCAGGGCCGGCGCUACUAUGUCAACACGGCCACCAAUGAGACCACCUGGGAGCGUCCCAGCAGUUCUCAUGGGCUUCCAGCCAGCCCUGGCCCUCACAGGAGCUCUCUGCCUCCAACAGUGAAUGGACACCACACGUCAGGGGCCCCGGCGCACCCUCCCGAGACUGCCCACAUGAGUGUCCGAAAAUCCACCGGCGAUUCCCAGAACCUGGGAUCCUCGUCCCCCGGCAAGAGGCAGAGCAAGGAAAACACCAUCACGAUAAACUGCGUGACGUUCCCUCACCCAGACACGAUGCCUGAGCAGCAGCUGCUGAAACCAACCGAGUGGAGCUACUGUGACUACUUCUGGGCUGAUAAGAAGGACCCCCAAGGCAACGGCACCGUGGCCGGGUUCGAGCUGCUGCUGCAGAAGCAGCUGAAGGGCAAACAGAUGCAGAAGGAAAUGUCGGAAUUCGUCCGGGAAAGGAUAAAGAUCGAAGAAGAAUAUGCAAAGAACUUGGCUAAGCUCUCGCAGAACUCUUUGGCUGCACAGGAGGAAGGCUCCCUGGGAGAAGCGUGGGCGCAGGUGAAGAAGAGCCUUGCAGAUGAGGCGGAAGUUCACCUCAAGUUCUCCGCCAAGCUUCACAGUGAGGUGGAAAAGCCGCUGAUGAACUUCCGAGAGAACUUCAAGAAAGACAUGAAGAAGUGCGACCACCACAUCGCAGACCUCCGCAAGCAGCUGACCAGCCGCUACGCCGCGGUGGAGAAGGCCCGGAAGGCACUCACGGAGCGGCAGAGAGACCUGGAGAUGAAGACCCAGCAGCUGGAGAUCAAGCUGAGCAACAAGACGGAGGAGGACAUCAAGAAGGCACGGAGGAAGUCCACGCAGGCGGGAGAUGAUCUCAUGCGCUGCGUGGAUCUCUACAACCAGGCCCAGUCCAAGUGGUUUGAGGAGAUGGUGACCACCACGCUGGAGCUGGAGCGGCUGGAGGUGGAGAGGGUGGAGAUGAUCCGGCAGCAUCUGUGCCAGUACACGCAGCUGCGGCACGAGACAGACAUGUUCAACCAGAGCACAGUCGAGCCUGUGGACCAACUGCUCCGAAAGGUGGACCCCGCCAAGGACAGGGAGCUGUGGGUCAGAGAGCACAAGACGGGCAACAUUCGCCCUGUGGACAUGGAGAUCUAGCCGCGUGGCCGGGGUCCUGCUGAGGAGGGGCUGCGGGUCCCACGGAGAGGAGGUGGCAGUCCCGCCAGGGGCGGGGGGGCUGCUGCCGCGCGGAGCUGCCCUCCCACCCACUCCCCUGGUCCCCCGAGGAGAGGGGAUGGGGCCGCCAGGAGGGCGGCCCCGCUGGCCUGUGAGGAGCUCCCCAGUGUCCCGGGCCAAGAAGGCGGACCCACAGCCCUGCCCUUGUCCCCGAGGCGGAAGCCCCCCACUGCCCCCCCAAUUCUACGCCAUGCUUGCCACUCUGAGAACAGACUGAGGCUGGAACUCUGUGGCCCCUGCUGAGCCCCAGAGGCCCCUCCCCACCCAGAGCCAGCUGGGUCGCACACCCCUGGAAGCCCCAAGGCCCUUCCUCCAACUGGUCCCCUGUCUCCAGGGCUUCGGAGGGGCAGGGAGGGGGUCUCUGUCUCCAAGCCAAGCGUCAGGAUCAGCAUCGUGGAUAGAAGGUACCCUUCAGCUUAGCAGCCUGCGCCCAGAAUCCUUUGCGGCCCUCCCUCUUUAGUUUCUUUCCCAUUGCAUCCUGGGCCCCCACAUUCUGGCUCUUCUCUGCUCCUGUUUAUCACCAGGAGUCUUGGGGAGAAGGCCGAGCUCCUGUUUGCCCAGACGGACCCUGCCUGGAGAGGUCAGGAUGGAACUACCUCAUUCAGCAGAUUAGCCCCGAGUCGGAGCACGGAAUCGUGUCUCCUGUUAGAUCAGGCCUUCUCUGUCAAGUGUCCCCUCUGGCAACUCACUCCUCCCGCCCUCGCGCAUCCCAGGGCCUGGGCCAGUCCCACAAGGGAAAUGGGUCGGGGCAAGCCUGUCACCCAACCCCCCUGCCCCCCAGAUGGCUUCACCCGCUUGUGCACCGUGAGUUGGGGCCACUGUCCCUCGUACGGCUUUCACAGGCAGGCACGGUACAGGCGUUGCAGACCCUCGUGGCCAUAGUAUGUGUCACCAUCCAGGCAGCCCGCCACCUCGGCCCCUCAGCUUCCUCUGCACGGUCCAGAGCCCUGCACGGAGCCCGUGCUUGGUGCUGGUACCACGCUGCCCUUUCCCAUCUCCCGGGGGAGAGCCUGGGCUGAGUGUGACCUGGGAAGCCCUCAGCACUGCCACUGGGUCCCCCCUUCAACGUGACAUCUUGAGAAUCAGCUCGAGGGGCCCCGGAAGAGGAGGCGGCUGAAGGAGGCCACGCGGCUCGCAAGGCGCAGAUCCCAGCCUGGAACCCAGGCCCUGAGGUCCCAUCUUUCUUGGUCAUCUUUCCCACUGACUACCUGCAGUUUACAGGACCCACAGGUCUCUCCUAAGGGCCGAAGUCUAAGAGCACAACUCAGUGGUUUUUCUUUCCGACGUCCAUGCUGGUCACCGGUGACUCGUCGUUGAUCUGGAAUCUUUCGGCCCCUCUUUCAUUGAGGUCAGAAAGGCACCCUCGUGGUUAUAGGAGAAAGAUGCCCCAUAUCCUAAGGCAAACCAAGCUUUUUUUUUUUUCCUUACUGAAACCUCCCAACCGAAAAGGUCAGUGCAAAAACGUCCCCCAGCAUGAAGGCCAGCGGGACAGCUCUGUAUCGGGUACAGAGACCCCUCCUUCCAGUCUGGGGUGGGGCCGUGACACCAGCCACCAGUUUGGGGAUAUCAUUUCUUGGUUUCUUUAUAUAUAUAAAAAAAAAAAGGGUGCUAGCAGUACUUGCUUCGUGGCUUCGUCAACUAAUUUGUGGAUUUUCUGACAUUCGAAGCCGACAGCCUUGUUGUUUAACACGGAUAUUUUGAGUGUGAUGUGGCUCAUUGCUUUUGUUUCCUCAUCUCCAUCUGAGGCUGCCAGCGUCUUCUGUUCUCCCCCGAGGCUCUUCCAGAGCCGCCCCAGCUGGCCCGGAGGCGGGGGCCAGUGUUUCUUCUGAAGUCGUUCUUUCCCCCAACGCCCCUCCCUGAGGUCUCACAAGCCCCUCCGCACGCUUUUACUCCCGCCUUUAUUGGCACAUCAAGCAUUUAAGCCCAGCCUGGGCAGCAUGCUACCACCUGGCCCCCGCAUCACGGAAGCCCCCUUUGCACAGACGUGUCUUUUCUCCAGGGGUCUUGCAGGUCCGUGACCUGGGCGUUCACAUACAGCUUCUCUUCUGCGGAACUGAGGUUUGCAAAGACACGAUCUGUUGUGCUGAGAGCCCUUCCUCCCUCCCCUCAUUCAUUCUUUUAUCCAGCAGACACCUGAGGCAAGCCAGGCAUUGCGCGGGUCUGGGAAUGUAGCUGUGGACGGGCACCCCCCCACCCCUGUGCUCCGUGUGGACGGGAGGGUGUUCGGGUCCUUCUGGGGGAAGGACUGUGUCCCUUCCACAUUUAAUCCAUGGGGCGCCUGUGGUCAUCGCAAGCUACCAUCAUGUGGCCUCUACCCAAGGAUGGAAAAGCUGGGCAGCAACAAGUUUAAUCACAUGGUCGCCCGACACCCACCGUCUGGUCCUGCAUCCAGCUUGAAUUUCAGAGGUUUCUUUCGUUUUAAAUCACUCUCUCCACUUUGCAAAGAGCAAGGAUGAAGCCUGGGGGUGGCUGGUGAGAUCCGUGAAAGGAGCAGCAGGGCUGGGGCUGAAGGCCAGGCCCCUGUCCCUAGGUUAGCGGGGCUCCGGCUGCAGGUGAGGCCAAGGUCCAGAGAAAGCCUGGAAUGCCUGAAUGCGUGCUUCAGACCAGUGCUCUGUUCUCGUGGUUGGUUUGGUUGUGGUUUCGUUUUGGUGUUAAGGUUACAGGAGGACGUGCCUGGCUCUAUGUCCAGUCGCUCCAGAUUAUUCUUCAGGGCAUCCAUUGCUUCAUUUCUGAGAACAGGUGAGCCCUGUUCUACCUGCCUCUACCCGGGAGAUGCAGGUGGGCAUACUGCGUUUUGUCUGUGAAAAUCUGAGUUUUAAAAAAAAAUCUCGAUGACAAAAGUGAGCUGCCACAACAACGUCCAGGGAGAGCUCCCUGUUCCUCCCCACGGCUUCUGCUGCUUUUGAGCAGCAUCGUAAAGACAGCUGCCCCAGGGAGGUUCUGCCCAGGGGGCCCCCUUGAGGCCACCCCCGCAAUCUGUUGGCUGGGGUGGGGAUGGGGACACGGAGGGGGAGGAUUUUUGCGGUAGGAGCGGCUUCUGUCCUGGCUGGGGAUGAUUAACGGUGGAAGCAAAGAGAGAAACCCGUAUACGCGUUCAGGAACCAGGGGUCUGUUUCUCUUCCCUUUGUGGAAACCAAUGAGUUACUAGAAGCGCAGACGGGUGUGCAGAAAGCUUGGUGGAGCCAAAGUCCCUUCUUGGAAACACAAGCCGUAAAAUUCAAAGGGCGUCAAAGACUUGGGCUAUUUUAAGUGGUUCUACUGCCAGCUGUGAGCGGCCUUGACAGGGUCAGCGCCGCAGAACCCUUGAUGUUUCCACAGGGUUCUUUCUGCAGCCCUGCUGGUGACCAGGUAGGCAGGGAAGACACGGGGCAGGGGUUAAGUGGGGCACAGCUGAGCCGCGCUCGUCUAGCCAGCAUUCCGUCUUUGCCCCCAUCACGCUUCCCACCCCUGUGACACCUACUGCCUUUCCUGUUCCCAGGUUUACUGGGAUGGUGGACACACGGUUCUUGACAUAACAGUAAGAUUCACCCUGUUGAAGUGCACGGCUCAGUAGGUUUUGACAAACUGAUGUAGUCUCGUAACCACCACCCAAACCAACAAAAUAUUUCCAUCCCUCCAAAGACAUCCCCUCAAGCUCUUCGGCUGUCAACCCCCUGCUCCCACCCCGGUGCCUGGCAACCGCUGAUGGAUCUUCUGCAGAUGUGCCUUUUCUAGAAUGUCACGGAAAUGGAGUCGCACUGCUGUGGCCCCAGCAGUCUGUCCCGCCGCACCUCCACGUAGUGUCCGUUGCACGUCCUUCCUCUUCAAAGGGCUUGUUUGGCCCUAGAGUUCCGGGGCCAGGGUCAGGGUCUUCUGCUUGUUUGCACGGCUCCUUCCAGCCAGCUGCGCCCACAGGUGGUUCUUGGGGCUCACACUUGCUUUUUGGGUUCGUUCUUGGUUUUCGAUAAUGCAGAAGGUGGCUCAGGAUUGCAGGGAGCGGCAGGCAGGGUCUCCGGUGCCUUCCUCUUCCACUAUUCCCUGAAGUUUGCAUCCCAGCUGGCAGAUCUGCUGGUCCUGGGGACCCUCGCUUCAGCUCCUCCAGGACUGUUAGUUGAGUGUCGGGGCCUGGAAGGUGGAUGGAGGGAGUGGCGAUGGGGAGGCAGACCCCCCGGGCCCGCCACCACCCUUUCCUGGGCCUCUGUUCCUCCAUCUGCAGGCGGAAAGUGUUGGCUCCAGGUGGUCUCCCAGGCGUCCUCAGCUACUGCCGUCUGUCUCCUCCUCCUCGCUUUCCGUUUUGUACCCUGUGCCCAUGUCGUGUCCGAUCUGGGUCCCGUUGGCGCGGCUGUGCGCGGCGUUGCCUAAAAGCCUCGUGAGAGAUACCCGGUGCUUCUCUGUUCAGAUGCAAAAAUUUCAGCAUUUCCUGAGCUGUUGAGAAUGAGGUAGUUCCUCCCCAGACCCCUAAAGAAAGCUGAAGUCACUGCCCUUGGAGCCUCAUCCACAGUCUUUGAUAACGUGUCCUCAAGGUCACAUCCAAGGAGCAAAACCAGGCACGAAGACAGAGCCCACCAUUCCCGUUCUUGUCGUGCCCUUGCUUACCUGGCCCGAGCCUCCGCCUUCUGGGUGGCGUCAGGUGGUGGCAGAGAGAGGACCACACCCCACUGAAGCUGGCCAGGCUCUGGGCGUGACCCCGAAGGUGACAACCCCUCUAAGCCAUGUCUUUCUUGAGUGGACCCUGCCCAGUGAAAGGGGAGCCCCAGAAGGCACCAGGCCUCUGCCAGCAUAUGGGAGACAUUUUGGGGUCCCAGCCAGGCGAAGGUGCAGGUCACAGAGUCCGAGUCACAGGAUCCUGGGCUGCCAGGAUGCUCCUGGGUUGCAUUUUGCUGGGGGAGGGGCUCUCCACAUCCCCCCGCUGGAGUGUUCUUUCUGACAGGCCUUUCCCGAAGGUGAGGGACCCGACUCCUUCCUGGUGUGGAUGAGAAUAAGCCAGGUGACCAAAACCAAGGGAACGUUCCCUCCCCACCCCCACCCCCCAGGCGCUGGGGCGCGGCCGUCGGGGAGGAGCCUUUGUGGGAGAGAGUUGUGAUGGGCUGGGGUCUCUGAGCUGACCCUUUGUGUGUGGGGGGGGUGUUGCCAGUGGGACUGUGGUGGGGGAAUGCAGGGGCUCCGUCGCACGGGGGCUCUCAUGGGGACGAAGAAGGAGAGCGUGUGGCAACAGAGCAAGAGCACUGGACUGGCUCCACUCUGCUGUCGCAUCUGUCCUGUAACCGGAAAGUCCGUCACAUCCCCUCCUGGGAGGGAUGUGCUUUCUGUCAAGUGCAGACGUGCCCUGUCCAGGGCCACCCGCAGUAGCGGACUGGCUCUCGGGACACUGACCACCAGGCAGCCCUGUGGACCCAGGAAAAGUUGUUCAGAGGGACACCAGCCAUCCUUGGUGACAGGGGCCCCACAUUUGCCUCUGUGCCCUCCCCUCGGGAAGGAGAUGAAGGGGGAGCAGCCCUUUCACAGACACGAGCACAUCAGCAAACCCCAUGAACGUGGAAUUUUCUAACAAAAUAAACUUGCUUGUUUGCUCUGUUUUCUGUAACUUUUGCUAAAUACUUUAUACAUUUUUAAUGUUACAAAGCUGUCUCCUCCAGCACCCCUCAUCCCGGUAUGCGUGUGUUGGCGCCACACUGUAUACCCUUCCAUGCCCUGGCUGCCGAGAUCCGUACAUAAAAUCGUUGUACUAUAAUUUUUAAGUAACACUGUUGUGACCCCGACGGAGGCUGUGACCCGCCCUGCCCACUCUGCUCCCACCCCACCCCCAUCGUAGCACUGGUGUGUAUUAAUGCUGAAAAAAAAUUAAAUGUUUGAAGGGGUUCAAAUUUUGAAGGCGUUUGCUAUAUAUAAUU